UCCGCCCUGUCUGACAAAGCUACUUUUCGGUGUGACGUUGAGGCGCCGGCGUUUUUGUUGUAGUUUUCUAAUUUACACACAAGUUAGGGGCAUUAUUACGUGUAUAAUUUUAUUGCUGUCCAAAAAAUGACAAACGUUGCCUUUAUCAAGAAAUGCAAAAAGCAAACUGUAGCAGGAAGUGAGUCAACAGCGGUGGAGAGGUGACCGAUCGUCCAAAGAAACCACCAUAUAUUCACUUUGAAUGCUUGUACGGACGAGUGAGCAUGGACACACUAUCCAGCCACAGCUCCUACUUGCUGCAGCAACUCCAGGAGCAGAGGAUUCAGGGAAUGCUCUGUGACUGCAUGUUGGUGGUCAAAGGGGUCUGCUUCAAAGCCCACAAAAAUGUACUGGCUGCUUUCAGCUCUUAUUUCAGAUCUUUAUUCCAGAAUUCCCCCAGUCAGAAAAAUGAAGUGUUCAACUUGGUUAUCCAGGAUGUCAGUGGCAUUGGUCAAAUAUUGGACUAUAUGUACACCUCCCAUCUUGACAUCAACCAGGAUAACGUACAAGCUCUCCUUGACAUCGCUCAGUGUUUGCAAGUUCCCAACGUCCAAAGCAUGUGUAACACUUUCCUUAAGCCUUGUCCCCCAGCCGUGGAAAUCCCAUCGUUUUCUCUCCCAGGCAUGCUGACGUCAGAGCACGACUGCCUCCUAGGAAGCAGCCUGCCUAGUGAUGUUGACCUCCACUGUCCCGCUGAAGUACCCAGACCUGGCUUCAUGGAGCAAACCAAACGAAUGCCUAUUUCUAUGCCCACUGGCAGCUCAGGUGACUCAAGUAGCAGCAUCCAGACACCUGUAGAAAAACACUUAGUCCACGGUUACAAGCUCCGUGAUUUCUACAGUAAGCAAUACUUCAAGCAAAGCGCCAUUCAGGCCUCAAAUCAGGGUCCGGGACCUUCGAUUGUCGUGGAAGAGUCCCAGUGUCAGCUCGGACUCACCCAGGGAGGCAAUCAGUCGCAUUUGUGCUCAGGAAACGCAAUUCAGCCCACCCCACCUUGCACAUCUUUGGCAGCCGACAAGAAUCACGUGGCUGCGUUGACACCUUCGGAUAGUUUAAACACCCCAAGCUCUGAGCACGCAGACGCCAUGCUCAGUGCGCCCGUGCGUCCGAAGAAGACAGUUUACCUAAAGAAAUACAACUACCUAGGUUCUCAAAAGGCAUUAGAGGAAAUGUUUGCGGAAUCGGUCAGCGAGCCCAUCCUUAACUGCCCCAAAGAAGAUUCUGUGGCCCAGAUUGUGGCUCAAGAAGCCCCUGUUGAAAAUCUUGUGAAUGUCAGGGAAGACGCACCCAAGACGCCAUCAGAUGCAGAAAUCCCCAGACCACCACCCACGAACCAAGAGGAGCAAGGUUUGCAGAUUGCGCCAGAACCACCGCAGCAAACGGGCCACAAAUAUUCCUGCAACAUGUGUGGGAAAGUCUUCAAACACCCGAGCAACCUGGAGAUGCAUAAACGCUCGCAUACAGGCGAGAAGCCAUUUGAGUGCAACGUUUGUGGAAAGAACUUCUCACAGGCUGGAAAUUUACAAACACACUUGCGACGCCAUUCUGGAGAGAAACCCUACAUCUGUGAGUUAUGUGGCAAAAGCUUCACUUCAUCCGGGGAUGUCCAACGUCACAAAGUGGUGCACACAGGAGAAAAGCCACAUCUGUGUGAUAUAUGUGGUCGAGGAUUCAACAACUUAAGCAAUCUCAAAGAACACAAGAGGACACACGUCACAGACAAGACCUUUACGUGUGACCAGUGUGGAAAAUCCUUCAACACGCACAGGAAACUUUUGAAGCACAAAGCCUGCCACGGUGGCGAGAAACCACACAGUUGUGACACCUGUGGGAAAUGCUUCAUUGGCUCAGGGGAUUUGCAGCGUCACAUCCGCUCUCACACUGGAGAAAAACCCUACCUCUGCAACACCUGUGGGAAAAGCUUCACUCGCUCAGCCAUGUUGAGGAUACACAGCAACAUGCGCUGCAAAGGCGCACCAGCUGAUGGCGCCGUCCCACACAACUCUGACCAGACUGGUAGCGCAGAUGCGGCUGUCUCGCUUACCAAAACUGUCUGCCAGGAUGAUGGCACAAGUGAGCAGCCUUUUCCUGCUAUGAUGCCUCACGCAGGACUUGAGAAGCCUUCACCACCUGCCCCAACACCCCACGUUGAGACAACACCUCUGAGUGUCCAUCUCAGUCCAGCUUCUACUCCAACCUCCCUUCCAGAACUGCGCUCCCUUGUGCCACAUCACCUCCUCGCUUCCUCCCACCAGGACAGGAGCACGGCGCUACCUGGCCCGGAUCACAUGAAGGUGCUCAAACCGCACGGCUCCCAAGAGGUGGAAUACGGGCCUUAUGCGGAGACUAUGGGUAGUGACAUAGGGAGAGGUGGGUUAGGCAAGCCUUACCUGUCUGUUCAAGACAAUUGCUGUGCUACUCGGUCCAGUAGUGGCUUAUACCGGGCCAGUGAAGGUAACUUCAUCUCAAGUGUAACUCUCUGGGGUCUAGCAAUGAAAACUUUGCAGAAUGAAAACGAAAUUGAUCAAUAACGCUCGGAACAAAUGACACUCAUCUUGAAAAGUGCGUCCGAAGAUACUCAGGUGGUAUGCUGAAAUGGUGUUACAGAUUAAGUUUUUAAAUGGCACCUUUUUAUUAUUUUCUUGGCCAACAGCAACUAUGCAUACAAUGUACGUAUUUGCUCACAGUUGAUUUACUCACCUGCUAUUAUUAUUUAUUUCAUAAUUACUCACUAUCUUUUAUGUCAGCAGUUUCUGCUAAGGCAAAAUGGAUGUUUGUCAUCUAUAUGCGCCAUGUGAUUGACUGGUUACUAGUCGAGGUGUACCAUGGCUCAAUCAAAAUCAACUGUGAUGAGUUACUGGAGUUCUAAUGAGGACCAGUUUUAUAAAAACAUGGAUGUUUCUAUCAAAUAUAAUUGGUGAAUUAAUUAGUGUUGUUAGGGCAUAUCCAUCCAAUUUAAGUUGCCUUAUUUUAGGACUCAUUAGAGCAAGGGGUGUCAAGCUCAUUUUUUUUCGCGGGCCGCAUUGUAGUCAUAGCUUCUUUCGGAGGGCCAUUGUGACUGUCAACCCAAAUAAAUGUAUGAGCACCUCAUAUUAUAUACAGUAAAAGCUACAAAACAAACUGACAAAUAACUCAUUUUCAAAUCAGACGUGUAAAAACUGGUCAAAUAUUUCAGAAAAAAUAUUAUUAAAAGUGAAGACAAUUUGCAAUUCAAGUAAGGAUACACGAAAUAGAUGCACAAUUUGUUUUCGCGGGCCACAUAAAAUGAUGUGGCGGGCCGUAUCUGGCCCCCGGGCCUUGAGUUUGACACCUGUGCAUUAGAGGAACAAAACUACUAGGCAAAUUGUCAUAACAUUCCAAAGUGCUAUAAAUUAAUAUAAUAAUAAAAGAGAAAACUGAUGAUAUAAUAUACACUGACAUUUCUGCAAUAGGCAGUUGGUGAGUGCUGAGUGAAGUGAAGCUUUUGGAGACUAACUAGUGUAAUAAACCUAAUAAAAGCAAAACAAAAUGUUGAAAUAUUGUCUGGCACGACAUCACAGUUGUGUCUCCCUAGUUGCAGCUUCAAGCGUUCUGAGUCUGACUUGAAUGAUGCUCGGAUGUGUUGAAAAGACUUACCUAAAGUCACGCCCACUUUAUGCAACGUACACAUGGACAGUUUUAGCGUUUAACCUGCACCUAUUUUCAUGUUAUUCUUGUAUUUAAAUCCCACAAUAUUUUUGAUGGUUGAUGAAAGUAAACCGAGGGAGAAGAAAGAACGGUUUAUUCGUCGGAAGGAAUGAGCGCAGAACAUGCCAACGCGCAUGCUCAAAGCUACGGGAAACAGGAAGCACAACUCAAACAUCAAUGUACCUCGUACUUCGACGAUCAAGCAUCAGAAGAGCUGUUUGCUUCCACAUGCCCACCUCGUCAUAUAGUCAUGUGACCGAGGCCUACACACCUAACGACAAAGUAUUCUUCCACACCCAUUACUGAAUCCCAAUGUUGUAUUAGGCUCAAGUGGAUCACCUUUUCAAAUAUAUCACCUUGCUUACAUCUGUGUGGACAAAAUGAGUGAAACUAAAGAGCUGUCUGAAUUUCAGCGUGGUUCUGUAAUAGGAUGCCACCUUUGCAACAAAUCAGUUGAUGAAAUUUCUUCGCUCCUGAGUAUUCCAGAAUCAACUGUAAAAGAUGUCAUUGCAAAGUGGAAAGUUUCAGGACCGUCAACAACUCAGUCAAGAAGUGGCAAACGACCCAAAGUUGCAGAGACUAAGUAGCAUCAGCAAGUGAGCCACACCCUGCUCACUUAAAUCAUUGUUUUUCAAAUCUUGUAUAUGACCUUAAAUAUGGCUUCCUUGUUGUCUCGCAAAAUAGCACAUUGAAUUAAAAUACUUAUCAAAUAGACUA